CGAGCGGGAAGCAUAAAUUCUUCCUGCCCAACGGGACGAUUCUCAGAGCCGCUUAAACCUUCCGCACAGGUGGAUCGGGAUUUUGAAUUUCGCAAAACCAAAGUGCUGUGUCGGACCAUCUCAUCGUUGCCAAAAUGCUCGCCGAAAGUGGUCCGAUUGCCAGCAACGAGCGGCACCUUCCGUACAGUAGUAGUGAACCACCCUCCGGCCCUGGUUCUAGCGCGUGUGAACCACCGAUAGUGAACCGACCCCUAUCGCCGCGAAAGUUCUUCGAGCGACUGUACGGUCACCUCGAGCGGGAUGACAAACGUGCCACCAACCACAACAACAACAACGGUUCUGCCAACGGCAGCAGUGAUGAAGUGCGCGAUCGAAACGUGCACGUGACAGUGACAAAGGCUAGUGAUCCAUGUGCUCUUAUUGAUGAAACCCACCGACACCACCAUCAUCACCACAAUUCUUCUAGUGAUUCGCAAAAAUCCGUCUCAGUGAACAGUUCAAUUAGUUCCGGCAGCCCGCGUUCCUCGCUCGCAGUGGACAUUGAGGAAGAUUCGUCCCAGGAUGCAAGCAUUGGCUCACCCCGACUACAACCCGGCGGCGGUGACCAUCCUCGACAACCGCCGGCUUACCCCCCAUUGCGCCAUUACGGUAUCACUUCCUCGUCCUCCACCGCUUGUGCUUCCGAAUAUCCCACGACGAUAGGUGGUCAAUGUUACGGAUUUUUGGCAGUCACUCCACAACAGUCAUCCUCCGCCGGUGUUUUACCAGUGCCAGCACCCCAUUUGACGCAACCGGGUGACCCGGCGUUGGUGGGAGGAUUGCAACAUCGGCCGCAACCCGGAAGCAUGGCCGUGUCAACGUUCUUUUCGUCCACGGGAGGUGCAGGCGCAGGUGGUUAUGGGCCUCCUUCCUUUCGACCGUUUUUUGGUAUCACGCACGAUGGACCGCAGCUGCCGGCGGGAUUGUCCGCUUUUCUGGCCAGACGUCGCAAAAAGGAAGGACGUCCACGCCGCCAGCGCACCACGUUCAGCAGCGAGCAAACCCUUCGACUAGAGGUAGAAUUUCACCGCAACGAAUACAUUUCCCGAGGCAGACGGUUCGAGCUGGCAGAAGUGUUGAAACUAUCCGAAACACAAAUCAAAAUAUGGUUCCAGAAUCGUCGCGCGAAAGAUAAGCGCAUCGAGAAGGCACAAAUCGACCAGCAGUAUCGGACAUUUGCCGCUGUUAACGGCCUGCUGACUCCAUUCAGUCCUCAGUAUCCUGCAGCGUUGAUUGCAACGCACCACCAGCAACCGCAGCAUCCUUCUCAUCAUCAUGAGCAGGCGCAGGAGCCACAGCAGCAGGUACAGCAUCAACAACUAGUGCCAUCUUUUACACCAACCAUUAGGAGAGAGAAUCAAAGGCCGAGUCAGCAAACCAAACGAUACGAGGACCGUGACCGUCAAGGAUCGCAUAACAGCGGUGAAGGUGGCGGCGUAGGUGAUAGUGAGAAAACUGAACGAUGA